AUGCAUUCAACUCGUUUAAAAUAGAUACAAAAAUGGGUGUAAAAGCUAAAAAGUCCAACGCCGAUGCGGUAUACUCAAAAAAGUCAGGGAAGACUAGUAAUCCCUUCGAUAGUGCAAUAUCGCAGACUUCUAAACGUCUGAAUCCGUUCGAUGUACACGUGAACAAAGAGAAGUUUAAAAUCUUGGGCCGGAUUUGCAAACAUGACCGAGGCUUACCUGGCGUGUCUCGUGCUAAAGCGUUAAAGAAGCGAGCCGAAACAAUUGGCAAGCAAUAUGAGGUCAAGCACAAAACCAAUAAAUUUAGGGACCACCGCAUUGGCAAACACCUUACCGGUGAGCAGCUGACCGAAUCUGUAAUGAAUGCACGGUAUUUGGCUGAGAAACUGUCUCAGGUGCGCGCCUCAAACAAAGCGCAGAAAUUUAACCUGAACGACGAUGAGCUACUGACGCACAGGGGCCAAACGCUAGAGGAGAUUGAAAAGUACAGAGACGAGCGCUCCGAUGACGAGGAGCUUGAGGAUGAGGGUCUCGACGCUGAGUUCACUUCUGCGGCUCACUUCGGUGGUGGAGCGGACGCCACACAAGAUCGUCAAACGGCUAUAGAAGAAAUGAUAAGUGAGCAGAAACGUCGCAAGAUCGAAAUCGCCAAGGAUAAAGAUGAAGUGCAUGAUCUGACCGAGAAGUUGGAUGCCAACUACAAGGAUUUAUUGUCGCUGGUGGCAAAGGCCACUAAGGAUGAACAGAUCGCGAAGCCGCCGCCUGAUGACUAUGACAAGUUAUUAAAAGAGAUGAUCUUUGAACCGCGUGGCAGUGUCACAGACAAACUGAUUAAGCCGGAGGAUCUGGCAAAACAAGAGGCUGCUCGCCUGGAGCAACUCGAAAAUGAACGUUUGCGUCGCAUGAAAGCGGAUGAUGAACAGCCGGAAACAACUGUACAACCUCAUCGUUCUGCUGAUGAUUUGGAUGAUGGUUACUUUGCCACUGGCAUCGAGGAUGAUGCCGACGAUACCUUAGCAUACGAUUUGGAUGGCAAUCUAGGCACGCAUCUGAAUAGCAAAAAGGACACUUCGAAGGUGCAGAGCAAUGACAAGUCUGAGGAUGGCUCUGAUGAUGAGGGUGGUGAAGAGGAUGACGAUGAAGAAGAAGAGAGUGAUAGUGAUUCCGAAUCUGAGGCAGAUAACUUAAGCGAUCUGAAGGCAACGGACAGCGAGCCAGACUCAGAGUCAGAGCAAGCUCCACAGCCCAAAAAAACUAAAAGCAAAUCCCAAAAGCAGAAAGUUUCCGAAACGAUUGAAACCAGCAUACCGUACACGAUCAAAAUGCCCAAGACAUACGAGGACUUCGCUGAGCUGCUGGCCAAGUAUACGCCGGCACAGCAGGUUACAGUUGUCGAGCGCAUCAUCAAGUGCAAUCAUCCCAAGCUAGAGGGCGUGAAUCGUGAGGAUGUUGUCAAACUCUUCGGCUUUUUGCUGCAUUACAUUAAGGACAUGUUCGAGGAUGCCAGCGAGCUGGACAUUGGCUCGCAUUUUAAAUUAGUCUCCCAGCUAAUGCCCCACUUACAUGAUCUGGUCCACCUGAACAUCGAUCGCAUGUCGAACACAUUGUUGGAUGUGAUCAAGGAAAAAUACGCCGAGUUUCGAAAAAAUCAUAAAAUAUACUCCACACUGGACACACUCAUCUAUUUUAAGAUCGUCUCGAAUCUGUAUUCCACCUCGGACUUUCGUCAUCCGCUGGCUACGCCAACGUACAUUUUUAUGCAGCAUAUGCUGUCAAGAGCGCGCGUGCGCACACGCCAAGACAUUGCUAUGGGCCUGUUCGUAGUCACCAUUGCACUGGAGUUCGGCUCGAGAUCGAAGCGUUUACUUCCUGCUAUUUUCAAUUUCCUGCAGGGCAUCGUCCACAUGGCCAUACCCAAGCGGCAGCAGGAGCGUGUAGAGAUUGCGCCGCCAUUCGAGCAAGAUGGACCCUUCAGCAAACUGUUGGCCAUUCCAGUGACGAGCGACACUAAAGCCCUCCAGCCACAAAAGCUGCAGCCUGCAGAUCUGGUUACACAGACGAUAGACGUCGACUUUAGGGUGCGCGCAUUGGACUCGACUUUAUGCUUACUCAAGCAAAUAUUUGAGGAGCAAAUGGGCGAACAUACUGGUGCCUGCUAUUUAGCUGCUCCCUUUUUGCCCCUGAUCGAGCAGCUGCCCAUGAAUCUGUAUCCUGAGCAUGUGCAGCAACAUUGUGCAGAGGCAAAGUCCACAUUGAAGUCUGUGGCGGAGCAGAAAAUGAAGCCUCUGGCGCCGCCCGACAAGAAGCCAAAGGCCUUGCGGCUACUGGAGCCUCGCUUCGAGAUGGUAUACGACGAUAAACGAAGACCCAAGAUGUCUAAGCAGAAGGAGGAACGCGCCAAGCUGCUGCACAAGAUCAAGCGCGAGAAGAAGGGCGCCAUCCGGGAAAUCCGCAGAGACACGGCCUUCGUGCAAGAUCUCAGGCUCAAGCAACAGAUACAAAGCGAUAACGAACGUCGCGAAAAGGUUAAACGCAUCUACCAAGAGGCCUCCGUGCAGCAGGGCGAACUCAAUGAAUUGGCGCGCGCCAAGAAGCGUAAAAAGUUCUAAGCUCCAAUCGUCCAUAAGAAGUGCAGACGCAAAUGAUGUUAUUUUUUUAAUAAUUAUAAAAACAAAA